UUUCUUUGCCGUCUUUCGCAGCGGACUUUCAGUACUGCAUCUCGCAGACGCCUUCAGAAUAAGGUUCCUGAGAAUCAAAAGAUAUUCCAGGAGGACAAUGGAUUACCUGUCCACUUGAAGGGUGGAGUAACAGAUGCACUGCUUUACAGGCUAACGAUGGGUCUCACUGUUGUGGGUACAGGGUAUGUUCUGUAUGAACUGUUCAAUGCUGCAAUGCCCAAGAAGAAGUGACCUACCUGCCUACACAACGAUGCUCAUCUCUUAAACUUUUUAAAUGGUUAAACUGUAAAUGUUCAGGGAACUGCUAUCCUUGUGAAUGAAGCUUCAGGCAACUGUAAUAAUAUGAAAUAUACAUACAGUCUAUUAUAAAGCA